AUGGCCGGUCCCAAUAUGGCAGCCCUUACCCCGGCUCAUAUUGAGCUGGCAAACUCCCUCACCCAGGACGAGCUGCCUACGAAGCUACGAUGUGCGAUUUGCAGCAAGCUAGCCAUCGAAGCUUUUCGACUACCGUGUUGCGAGACGGCGAUAUGCGAGAACUGCCAAUCGACGCUGCCCUCCUCCUGCCCAGUUUGCGAACAUUCCCCCGUCUCCGGUGCGGACUGCACUGUCUACAAGUCCCUCCGAAUCACGAUCAGAGUGUUUCUAAAGACGGAGGAGAAGAAGCGUGAAGCUGCUCGGCCCAAAACCACCAGCUCUGUCCCACCAACACCCGUCGAAGCCACCCCAACACCAAUCCAAACACAAGGCCCGACGGUUCCUCCCGCUGCAGAACCUGUGACGGCUGUGGACAAUGAACCAGAAUCUGCCUCAACAGAGCCUGCACCAACAGAGCCUGCGGUACCUAUUGCAGUACCCGGAGAUGACAAAGCUGCGACCUCCGAGAACGUGGUGAAUGGUCUGCCAGAGCAGGGUUCACCAGUUACCAACACUUCCGACGAGCCCAAGAUUGAACCUGUGGAGACUGAUCGGCAGGUUUCCGAAGUCCAAACAAACGGAGGUGCUGCAGGGGUAGAGCCAAGCAACGAAGGUGCUGAGAAUGCAGACGUCGUUGGCCAGUCAGAGCAAGCGGGCACGCACUUUGGUCUGAAUGCAAUGAACGGUAAUUACAACAUGAGUUUCGGCGGUGGAGACAUGAGCCAAAUGCAGAUGAUGAUGGCGGCCAUGCAAAACGGGAUGAAUCCAGCUGCGUUUGGCGCUUUCAAUCCUAUGAUGGGAAUGAUGGACCCUAUGGCGAUGCAGAACAUGAUGAUGAGCGGUGGCUUCGGAGCGCAAGGCAUGGGCAUGAACGGCAUGAACAUGAACAUGAACAUGGGCAUGAAUGGGUUCAACGGUGGCGGCAGUGACUGGAACGGACAACAAUCAUGGAACGUCGGCCAAGAUAAUUUCAAUCCAAGUGCUCCUGGCAUGGGAAAUGGUGACUUUGGCAACUUUAACGCAGGCUCCCGUACAGGUAACUUCGGUCAUCACAACCAGUUCAAUGACUACCGCCGCGGCAACUACGCAUACCGAGGAAGAGGCCGAGGACGUGGAUUCUACGGGGGCUAUAGCCGUGGAAACCACCAGGGAUAUAAUGGUUCAAACGCGGGCUGGGGUGACAAGACAUCCCAAUUUGCAGGUACCAAUGACGGUCAGCCAACGACGUCCAAUGAUGCGCAGGCUAGCGAAGCCAUGCAAGUCAAGGUCGAUGAGUUUGGUAGGACGAUUCGUACAGACUCAGAGGGACAUGACGUCGCAGAAGGAAGUCAAGCUCCGACUACUGCUCCGGGGGACAACGACCUAGCCUCAGAGAAAACCGAACAAGUAGUCAAGGAUCCUGUGUCCCAAUCUGCGGAGGCGCAACAUGACUCUGCGAACUCCGCUGGUGAUGUGCCUUCUGCGGAUGUGCGUUCGAACUCUCAAGGGCCCACGUACCGAAGUCUCAGUUCAGUGCCUCAACAGGCCGUGGUCCCAGAUGUCCCGCUGAAUGCACCCAAGGGGCCCAAAGCCAUGCUUCAGGGCCUACCUAACACUAGCCUGCACCACUUGAAAUCACGUGGCCUCAUCACUGAUGAAAGAAGUCCAAGUCUGGGUACUGAUGCUCCGGUGGUGGCUAGUCCAAUGAAGGAUCGGGCCAUGUCGCGGAGUAGUUCUCUGCAUUCGCGGAAAGACAACAAAGACCGCCGCCGUGAUGAGCGUCGUCGGGAGCAUGACCUUGACGAGAAGAGCAGAGGGAGGGAAUACGAGAGAGGUCCCAGUCAAUCAAGGACCCAUAGCGUGUCCAAAAGCCGCAGUCGAAGUCGAGAUCGUAAGGAGACUCGCAGGCACAGGCGACAUCGCUCUCCCUCCUUGUCUGGUGACAGUCGUGACGAUGAGCACCGCCGUAAAAAGCAUAGGAGCAAGCGACAAUCUACUAGAGAUGACGACGACUACAAGAGUCGGCCCAGGGAGGACAAGUACGACCGGCGGUCUAGAUCGGCUUCCCCUAUCGACCGUGAGUAUAAGCGGUCAGAUCAUCGAAACCAACGUAAUCGAGACGAGAAACGACGGGAUCGCGACAAGGACAGAGAGAAGGAGGAUGACUAUGACCGUUCCCGCAAGUCUGGUCACCGUUCUCACCGCGAUCGUGGUGAGGGUCGAGAACGUGACAAGGAACGAGAGAAGGAACGAGACAGAGCGCAUGGAAAGGACCGUGCUCGUACCCACGAAAAGGACCAUCGCCAUCGCAGCAGCAAGGUUUCCAACACGGCACCUCCAACGCCGGUCGAGCCCUCAGAUAAGGGUUUCAAUCCCCCGACUGGCCCUCGUGGUAGUUUCUCGAUUUUCUCGAUCAAGGGGGCCAGCAGCAAGCCGUUGUCCGCGCUUGAUAACAACAAGCCUUCGAGCAGUCGAUCGUCAAACCCACAUAGGCGCGAGAGCGAGUCUUCCCGCCGUGCCUCACAAUCAUCCACCGCUGGUCACAAAUUGACUUCUGGUGGACCGGCAAAAGAUGCCCACACCCUGGAGCGAGAAGCACGAGACCGCGAGCGUCUGCUUAAGGAAGCCCAACGUAUAGCUGGCUUGACUGGCUUAGCCGGCCGUGCCGGCGUGAAGCGCAGCCGCGAAGGAGCCGAUGAUCGAGGCGGUCGUCGGAAGAGUCGCCGCAGCGAGGCUGUUAGCACGGAAGACGAAGAGCAGCGAAUGAGGCGAUUGGAGGCGGAACGUGAGGGUCGACGCUGGGAUUAG